GUAGAAAGAAGCGAUAUUAAUGUAAAUCCAGUAUAGAGUUUACAACUUAAUGUUGAAAUAUGGCAUACUUUAGGUAAACAACAAAUCAUAUCCAUUGCAAACCCAAAUCAGUUACAGGAUAUAAGCCUAAAUCACGGGUUAAAUAUAGAGUAUAUAAAAUUGUGGUCACAUUUGCGGUACAAUUGGCACAAAUAAAGGGCAAGAAUUUAAAGCCGCAAAAAACUUAACAAACUUUGAAUUUAAAGUCGUUUUUUAUGGCAAACCAUUGUUUUGUGAGAAAUUCAAAAGUGAUUUCAUUAUUUUAUGAAUCAAAUGAUUGACUCAAACGAUACGUUCAAAUCACCGAAGAGUGGUUCCCAACGAAAGACAUCUCAUAUAGCGCUGUAUAAGACAUCUCCCAAUUGGCAACACAUCUACAAAAAAGAAUGUGUGUCACGACUGAACGAUCGCCGAAAGGAAAGCCGUUCGCGACUUAUAGAGCGGUUCCGAAACAUCGACUUAAAUGAGACUCCGAUUAAUGUGGAAGAGAUGGUCGACUCCGAGAAACACAAUAUCGUAGAGCAAGUGAUGCGAUCCGUUUGGGAUCAAUACACGUCUCAAUUGCCACCAAUAGAUCCGAACGAUGUCUCGGACUUUAUGGAACACAUCAGACAAGAACUCCUCAUCGAAGAGAACCAGUAUUGGGAAGAGAUGUUGGAGUGGCGUAAGGAAGAAGAGGUCCAAUGGAUGGUUACGAAUAGGGAUUCUGUCGUUUGUUUCUUCUGUCAGAAGAAUCCAUUGAAAAUGAAUGCAUUGAUUGACAACAAAACGGAAUUAAUUUGCAAUAAAUGUGGUUUCUAUUUACAAACUCCGGUCUGUUCCAGAAGUGACUUUAUGUUCAAAGACUUGAAUUACAUUUGUUUGUAAAUAACCUUUUCUACGAAAACGAAAAUAAGUGGUUUAAUGUUAUAAUUGACGCAAAUUGUCUCACUUUC